CUACCAUUCGAAAAUGUCUACGGCAAUCAUUCAUUUCCAAUGUAUAAAUCGAUUAUGUUCCAAUUCAUAAUGUACGCAUUCAUAAUGAUAUUUUUUUUUGUUGUAUGCCGAUAGAUGUCGGUAAUCAUUUGGAUCACAUGUUUUUUUUUUGAAUUGAAUUGAAAUUAUCGGAUUAUUUUUUUGUUCGGGAUAAUUAAUCAUGAUUUUCCGUAAUAACCGAUUUCCGUUACAAAAGAUGAUCAGAUUGGCAUCAUCAUCAUCAAGUACAACACCAAAUAUCAAACGAUUUUACAAAAAUGUCCACAUCCUUAAAGCCGAUAAUCAUGAACCACGUUACGAAAUUAUUUUGGAUAAACGAAAAUUAAAAACACCUAAAGGCAAUGUAUUCUUUGUACAAAAUGAACCAUUAGCAUCGAUGAUUGCAGCCGAAUGGGAUUCACAGAAAGAUAAAAUUGUUCCAUCAAGUAUCCAUUUAACAACAUUGGCCAACACUGUUAUCGAUAAUCCGGGUGGUCAUACAAUCGAUUCAUAUGUUGAAAAAUUAAUAUCCUAUCUUGAAUUCGAUACCGUUUGUUAUCGUAAUUCAUUACCAACUGAAUUAAAUGAAUUACAAACCACUCGUUUGGAUCCAAUUGUUCAAUGGUUUGCCGAUCAAUUUAAAUGCAGUAUGCCUGUUACCAAUGAUGUUGUAUUGCCAGAUAUUGAUCCACAUACAUUGGAUAUUAUACGAAAAUAUUUACGUUCAUUCAAUCAAUGGUCAAUAGUUGGCAUAAUGUUUGCAACGGAAAAUCUUAAAUCAUUAAUAUUAACAUGUGCAUUGAUUGCACGUCAAAUAUCCAUAGAACAGGCUGUAUCAUUAUCACGUAUUGAAGAAACAUUUCAAACAUCACGUUGGACAUCGGUUGAAUAUCAUCAUGAUAUCGAACAAUAUAAUAUACAAUCACGUGUAGCGGCUGCUAUUGUAUUUAUUUUAUUGAAUUUUGAAAAAAAUUAUAUUUAUCACAAAAAUUGAUUGAUAUUCAAAAUUUU